CGAGAGGUAGAGAAACGGGCGGUUUGUGGAAUUUCCUGAUCGCACGUGAAUAGUUUGCAUUGCACUGCAUCCUUUGUCCUUUGAUCGGUGAUCAUAAUAAAAUAUUCCUCGACAAGGGUCAAGGAUGAGCAACAUUCUACUCGUGCGGGGGGCUGAGGCCCUGAGAACCUUGUUUCGCUUCCAGUCACCUUCUAGAACUUGUCCGCGAUGUGGUGGUUGUAUCAAUAAGAGUAACGACAAUAAUGCCGGAACGAAACCGAUUUCAUCACCUGGUCUUCGAAAAUACUCUACCACAAAUUCUUCCACUGCCUUAACAGCGACUACAGCGAAACGCGGAAAAAAGAAGAAAGUUAAUAAAAGUGUAAAUUCGUUGACGGAAAUCAUAGAAGUGGGACCAGAUUCUGGAGUGAGCGAAUCCACCACUGCCAUUAGUAAGAUGAGACCGAAGGAGAUCCAAAAGUGCAUUGACAGUAUGACUAAUAAUGGUCCUAAGCGAUCCUUGCACCAGUUCCCGAGAAACAUGUUUCCAAUGACCAGUUUCCCAGAUUAUUCCAAUCCACAAUCUCAGCAAGAAUUGCUCAAAUCAUUCACAACGAGCUCAGGGUUAGAGUCCCACUUGGAUAAGCACGAGUGGUCCACGUUCCUUAACUCAUCUUCCACACCAUCAUCAUACCAAAUUCCCACGGAGAAUGAUCUAAUUGACAAUGUAGAAAUGGUACUAGACUCCAGUCAUGCAGUUGCAGAUAUGAGGGUAGCUGACGAGGAAAGUCAAUUUAUAUCUGGUGGUAGUGAAUUGAAAAAAGGCAAGAACGGAGCAGCUGCAAAGGUCGGGAGAAUCCAUACUAAGACUUCUUCGUCGUCAGCUGCGAAGCAGUGGAAGGAGAAGGUCAAGGGUCGUCAUUUGAAGAAGGAGGAGCGCGAGGAAGCGGCCAAGGUGCGUCUUGAAGAGAUGGAAAAGUUGGGGAAGGAGGUUGGGCUAAAUAAAAGUAUCGUUUCCUAUUUGGAGAUGUGCGUCUUCACCGAGCACGUGAAUCGAGGAUUGAACACGCUUAACUACUACCGGUCGAGAAGCAAGGUCUCCUCCCAGCAUCCAAAAAUCACAGAUAUCGCAGCAUACAAUGUCCUUCUUCAAGGAUUCGCUCUCAAGGGCGACACGUGCAAAGUGAGAGAACUUUUUCGGAUGAUCGUGGACGACCAACUGGUUCCCACACCCCAGUCUUAUUUUUACCUCCUCGAGUGCCUUGGUCGCAAUUCACCUACAAAAAAUAAUCUUCACAGCAUUCGACAGUCAAUCAAAUAUUUGGAAAGUUCCGGACAUAAUCUGCAUGACUUAUUUAACAAAGUCACAUUGGUGUCUGAUCAGCGGGAAGUUAUUUUGGAAACGAUUCGCCGUGUACAACCCUCAUUUGUACCAAUAAUUGAGGGCCCCUUCAUUGGAUACGUCUGUCCCCUCCUCAGCCAUUUAAACACCUCCUCCAGCCACGAACCUCCUCCCGUGACGGUGGUGUCACAAGCAGAAGGGCUGAUCUCACUGGAGCGACUAGCGGAGAAGGCUAGGGAACAGUUCGAGUUGGAACGCAAAGGGACGGUCACGGUCAAGUCCAUCGAGAAGAAAGAUAAUCUCGAGAACCUGGCUCAUUAUAGGAGGAUGGCGUCUGAGACGGAGGCCGAGUGGGGGGCGACCAUCGCGGCCGCUUUGGAACGGAAUUUGCAGACACUGCUCAGUCAAGGGCUCCGUCACAAGUCGCGGGCCAUCUCUCUCUACCCUUUCCUCAAGGUCCUCUCCACCCAGGACUAUGUUCGCAUCAUCAUUCAGGAGAUCCGGAAGCUGGCUGAGGGUUCGGAAACGUACAGCCCUGGGGUGAAUCAACUCUACCGUGAGUUGGGAUCACAAGUGCUCGCUCGCUACCAACUCUUGUACAAAGAUGAGAAGGGGAUUCUGGCCAAAGUGGAAGAACUCUAUGCGGAUUACCUCAAGUGGUACCUCCAGCCCCAGCACCCAGAAAACACGGCUGCACCUCCUCUUUUUGUCGCCAACUCUCGCCAGCGGUGGCAGCAGCUGCUCUACCACCCCCACUCCACGGGGCCCCAUGUCGACAUUGAGGAGAAAACAUGGCCAAACUCAGUGUUGAGCAGCGUGGGACGUUUCCUCUAUGGGAUCAUAAUGCGGGACAUAAAAAUCAAUGCCAAUGUUAUGAAGAUCAAUUCAAAAACAGAACAACUUGUCCCAGCCUUUUACAGCAUUUUUCGAAUGCAAGGAUUGCACUUGAAGGAGGAAAUUAAGCCACAUCCCGCCCUCGUUAAGCUCUUCCAAGCUGCAUCCAGAGACGAGUUGACCUUUGAUACAACACUCGUUCCCAUGUUGUGUCCACCCCUCCCUUGGGCUUCCAUUCGCACCGGAGGCUACCUUCUGUCCCCUGCCAAAAUCGUGAGGCUUCCAUACCAAGCACACCAGCAGAAACUGAGGCUGGAAGCGUGUCCCCCACCUGACCUUUACCCUUCCCUUGAUUCGCUCAACCAGCUGGGUGUCGUCCCUUGGAGGAUCAACGAGAAGGUUCUGGACACGGUGAUUCAAGUCUUCAACGAGAAAGGGGACGACUCCUUGAAUGUGCCCCCACCUCCGAGCGAGUGUCCUCCUGCACCCUCCCUCGACCCCUCAAUGUCCAGCCAGGAGAAGUACAAGGUGCACAAAGAGAGGGCUGCUCUGAAGCGGAAAAGGAGCGAAAUGUACUCCCUCUGGUGUGACGCGCUUUAUCGACUUUCUCUCGCCAACCAUUUCCGUCAUGAUAUUUUUUGGUUUCCCCACAACAUGGACUUUCGUGGCCGGGUGUACCCCUGCCCUCCUCACCUCAACCAUUUGGGGGCGGACGUCGCUCGGGCCAUCCUUGUCUUUGCCAAGGGUAAACCCCUAGGACCCCAGGGACUCGACUGGCUUAAGCUUCAUCUCGUGAAUCUCACCGGGCUCAAGAAACGAGAGUCUAUCCAGGAUCGACUGGACUUUGCCGAGUCCAAGAUGCCCAACAUACUGGACUCUGCAGACUUCCCUCUCACCGGUCAGAAAUGGUGGGCCUCGUCGGAAGAGCCGUGGCAGACGUUGGCAUGUUGCAUAGAGAUUGCGAAUGCCGUUCGAAGUGGGGACCCUUCUUCCUACGUGUCGCACUAUCCCAUCCACCAAGACGGGUCAUGCAAUGGGCUCCAACACUAUGCCGCCCUGGGACGGGACCAAGUGGGGGCAGAGAGCGUCAACCUUGCUCCGUCAGAGUACCCCCAAGAUGUGUACUCUGCGGUGGCCAAGCUGGUGGAGCGUCUUCGGUCGGAGGAUGCGGAGAAGGGAGUGCGAGUGGCUCAAGUGCUGGAGGGCUUCAUCAAGCGGAAAGUGAUCAAGCAGACGGUGAUGACGACUGUGUAUGGCGUGACUCGGUACGGGGCGAGGCUCCAGAUUGCCAAACAGUUAAAAGACAUUCCCGACUUCCCGAAGGAGCAUCUGUGGCCGGCUUCCCUCUACUUGGUGGGCCGCACGUUCGACUCUCUCCAGGAAAUGUUCACAUCCACCAAAUCCAUCCAAGACUGGUUCACGGAGUGCGCCCGCCUCAUUUCGCAAGUGUGUGGGCAGAACGUAGAGUGGGUGACGCCACUGGGCCUUCCCGUAGUACAGCCCUACUUUCGUCCCUCUAAGAAGAGCGUAGAGUCCUCGGACCCUCAUCGAAUCCAAGAUCAACAUGUGUUUGACCUUUAUGAACGCCCCAAUGUGAUGAAGCAGAAGAACGCCUUCCCACCCAACUUUAUCCACUCGCUAGACUCUAGUCACAUGAUGCUCACAUCGCUCCACUGCGAGCGGGCAGGCAUCACCUUUGUAUCCGUCCAUGACUGCUACUGGACUCACCCAGCGACGGUGCACAUUAUGAACAAGGUUUGUCGUGAGCAAUUUGUCGCCCUUCACUCUCAACCCAUUUUAGAAGACUUGUCCCGCUUCCUGGUUGACAAGUACUCGUAUAGAGAAAGGGACCUAAGUCGGGAUGGUUCGCUGGUGGACGCUUCCAAACAUCAACUCAACGCCGUCUUGCGCGACGUCCCACGCAAAGGGGACUUUGACCUUGACCAAGUCCUCCAGUCCAUUUUCUUCUUCAGCUAGUCCUCCUCCACACCCAUCGCUAUUUAUUUCCUUCGUACUUUACGAUACGACAUCCUAGUUGAGCCGAGUAAUAAGUGUAUAGCAUUAUUCUCACAUUUAUCUCGCCUGGCGAAAUACAUGGUACAAAAUUCUUGCAACUCA